AUGCGCUCCUUGACCUGGCCUCUCUAUCUUUGGCUCGUACUCACCCAAUUAUUGGGUGUCGCGGCCCGAUCUACCCAUACUGUAAGUGUGGGAAGUAUAGGGAGUUUCUACGACCCUCCUACCGCGACUGCCGAGGAAGGAGAUACCAUCAGAUUCAUAUUCAGCGCUGGCAGAACGCACAGCGUAACAGAGUCCAGUCUCGAGAAUCCAUGUGUCCCACUGCCCGGAGGCUUCGAUAGCGGAUUGAUCGGCCCUGGCAAAAAAGUCUGGCGCCGGCGGUCUCCUGGGACAUCGUCGUGUCAAAUGCUUCGGAACGUGAAGUGUGCAGCUCAUGGCAAUCCAAGCCAUCUGGUAUUUUUGCCAAGCCACCACUCCUUAUCCAAGCCAUCUGGUAUUUUUGCCAAGCCACCACUCCUUGGUCGCAAUGUGCGGCCGGAAUGGUUGGCCAACGCCAACUUUCCUGCCAUCGGGAAUCGGAGCUUUCGCAAGCAACAGUCCCACCGUGGUGACCUCCUUCGUGCCGUUGCCGACAUUGGAUCCUUCAGCGCUCUCGUCUCUCUCCGCCUUAUUUCCCACGUCAUUCUCAUUUCCCUUGCCAUCGUCGUCCAGUGCGUCUGCCUCAUCCACGUCCGGGAGCACUCUUGGGCCAGUCCUCGGUGGCAUCUUCGGUGCCCUCUUCGCCAUCGGCAGCGUAACUUUGUUGGCGACGCCGGGCGGCGGAAGCACGACUUGCUGGGCUGCCUGCAAGGGAUGUGGAAGAAACUGGUAACAGAUACGCCAGAGAGCCGAUGCAGGAGCGACGCAGUUCCAGAGCGCCCUUCAGGCGCACUUAGUCCAGUUCAUGGGCGGGGCGCGAGUAUCAUUGCCGGUCAGCGACGGACAUUUGAUGCGCCAUCGCGGGAUAAGUAUAGAACGCCCUGGAUGAAAUUGCAAAGGCAUACGCAGGCUUUUACAUGGAAUGUUACGCUGGAUCCAUCAAUUUUUGAAGGCGUUUGUGCGCAUUUAGCCACUAAAUGUGGCAAAAAGGCGCUGUUUUCUGAUUCCAUCGCUGAUGUACCCUGGAGUCAACAUGACAACAGACGGACCAUAUUGUUGAAUUACUGUAUGUGCUGUCAUGACAUCCCUGGGACAUUUGUUUUUGAUGGAUGGGUCCCCUAUAGCAUUGAUGUCCUUGGUUUAUUUUUGCCUGCGAAUACUGGACUCUCCCGCUGGGUCCUUGCUCUACUUUGGCUCCCAUGUGUGCUUUUCUGGGCUGAUGUUGCGCGAGGCCAAGCUACUCACCUGGUGACUGUCGGGACCUCAGGUAGCUUUUAUGACCCCCCAACGGUAUCUGCUCAAAAGGGCGACGUAGUCAGAUUUCUCUUCACCGCAAGUUUCGCGAAUCCAUGUCUUCCACUGCCAGGCGGAUUCAGCAGCGGCCUCAUUGGCCCCGCAAUCAAUACAUCAGCUCCUACUUUAUCUUGGGAUUUGAUUGUGGCUGACGACUCUCAGCGCAUGGCUGGCGUCAUCAACCCUCCUUCAAACGCGCUGUGGGACACGUUCAUAUCUGCAGCGAAAGCCGUCAGCGGCACGCCAUCGCCGACACCUGGUCUCGUACUGACCGGUGUAGGUGCUUACGCUACGAGUAGUCCAACGGCGGUGUUGGCUCUAUCUUCAACCCCAUCCUCUGACGUGACCGCUAUUUCCUCCCUUUCUGUCAUGUUCGCCACCUCAACCUCCGCAUCUGGCUCGACCUCUUCCUCUAGUUCUGGGCAGAAAACGCCUUUAGGUCCCGUAAUCGGUGGAGUGGUGGGCGGCGUAGCUGCGGUUUCCAUUAUCAUCGUCCUGUCCGUCCUUCUCUAUAGAGCCAAGCGGACAUCGCGCACUCGAAAUCCGAGCGGUGGGAAUGCUGCGGACAUGCUAGAGAAGGAAUAUCGCCCCGACGCAUAUGUUCCUCCCUCAUCCGCUAAUCGUGCGCUGCAGCAACGCGUUGCCCCUGUAGGGUUUGUCCAGUCUGCGCCAUAUGGGCCACAGUGGACUGCCUUACAGGGUGUCCAGCCGAGCCUACAAUCGCCACAAUCGCCACCAAGACAACUGCCUAGACCGCCGAUGGAGUACCCGCUUGCACCGACACAACCAAAUAUCCGGGAGCUGGCCCACGAAGUCGCUGCAUUGUUGAAACAUGAAGGUCAAUUCGUUCCGGCCCCAUUGCAGGGGCAAGACGUCCUCCACAGUCAUGACGCUAUUGCCGACAAUGCGACCAGAACCAGCAUAGAUCGCUUCAGUAGUCCCGAUUCCAGUGCUCGUCCAAAUGUUUCGGGGAGGGUCUCAAGUUCCUUCCCUCCGCAAUAUGAGGCUUGA